UAAUCACUAAGUCUGAAGUCAAAUCAUGAUGAAAAUUACAAAAAAAUAAAAAUAUUUUAUAUUGUUUAUCAGUUUAAAUCUUAUUAUUAUUUCGCAUUCUAUUCAUGUAUCUGGUAUUUUCGUUAUCUCAUUUAUGCAAUUGUUUAUUUUGUGAUAAGUGAUAACAGUCUAUAUGGACAGAUUUAUAAUAUUGUAUGAUGUAUCAGCUCACCACAUCAGCUCACUAUCAACUCUGAACUCAUCACCUAUAUAUCUCGAUUGCCGUGCAUUUAUUAUAUUUUGUAGAAAUAGGUGCAAGUAAGCUUUCGUUAUUGUUUUAUGUGAUAUAAAUCUAAUGUACAUUAGUGUAAGUACCUACCUUCAAAGUACAAACUGUUUCAAAUAACUUGAAGUUUGGACAUCAAAACAUAAAUCAUGGCAUCUACUCAAACAGAACUCAAGAGUAUUGAUGAGCUAAUAAAUAGGUCUCUCUCAGGCGAAGAUUUAAAAGAAUAUAAUAGAAUUCAUUAUGGAAGAGUAGAUAAUCUAUUACUGGAACUUAAAAAGGAAAGUAAUAAAAAUUCAGAACAAAAUAAUUUCGAAGUUGCAGCAUAUGAUUUUCCCGCGCGUAAAGAAGAAACAAGAACUCCCCGUAUUGUUAGAGUAGGUGUAAUACAGCAUUCAAUUGCAAUUUCUACAAGUCAACCUUUAAAUGAACAGAGACAAGCCAUAUUCAAUAAAAUUUCCAAACUAAUUGAUACAGCUGGUGAUGAAAAUGUCAAUGUUUUAUGUUUACAAGAAGCUUGGAGUAUGCCUUUUGCUUUCUGCACCAGGGAGAAAACUCCAUGGUGUGAAUUUUCAGAAAGCGUUACAGAUGGACCUAGCACCCUGUUCCUCAAAAAGUAUGCUGCUAAGUAUGGUAUGGUGAUUAUUUCACCAAUUUUAGAACGAGAUGAACUACGCGGCGAUCUUAUUUGGAACACAGCAGUUGUGAUAAACGAAAAGGGUGCUGUCAUUGGUAGCCACAGAAAGAAUCACAUACCAAGAGUGGGAGAUUUUAAUGAAUCUACAUAUUAUUUUGAAGGCAACACAGGUCACCCUGUUUUUGAAACUAAGUUUGGCAAAAUAGCAAUUAACAUUUGUUAUGGACGUCAUCACCCUUUGAACUGGUUGAUGUUUGGGAUUAAUGGUGCUGAAAUAGUUUUCAAUCCAUCGGCAACUGUAGCUGGCCUGAGUGAACACCUAUGGGCUGUUGAAGCAAGAAAUGCUGCUAUAGCAAACAGCUACUUUACAUGUGCAAUAAAUCGGGUUGGAACAGAAGUGUUUCCCAAUGAGUUCACAUCAGGAGAUGGGAAACCAGCACACCGUGAUUUUGGCCAUUUCUAUGGGUCCAGUUAUAUCACAGCUCCCGACGGUACUAGGACACCAAGUCUGUCAAGAACCAAAGAUGGUUUGCUGAUUGCCCAAAUUGAUUUGAAUAUGUGUAGACAGAUCAAGGAUAAAUGGGGUUUUACAAUGACUCAGCGGCUUGAUCUGUAUGCCAACAGCUUAAACAAAUAUGUGAAAGGAGAGCAAGGACCUCAACUUGUUAGAGAUAAUAAUUAAGGAUGUUAUUAAUUAUUGUUCUUCUUACUAUAAUAGACAGAUCAAAUUUGUCUUUAUUUUUGUUAUAUAAUUAAAAGAUACUUUAAUAUUUUUUUACAUAAGUGUAAAAUAUUGCACAAUUUAUUUAUGUCACUUUUUAUAAUCAUGCUUUUGGGGUAACUUAAGUUGUAAUACUAUUGUAUGUUUUAGAAUUUUAUUUUUAUUACACAAAUUAUACAAUAUA